AUGCACGACGAGGUCAAGACGGGAGACUGGGGCUUUAGUGUGCACCAAGCGAAGACGCUGGUAAACUUCGACAUGGUCUUGGAGAGCAGAAAGGGAGGAGGCGGGCCAGGACAACCGUCCGUUCGGAGACAGGUACGACGGGUCGAAGGCGACAUGUUCCCCUGGUGCGGCGUGCGCUUCGACACCCGAACGUGCGAAGUCAUGGCCAACUACUCCAGGUACUCGAAGGCCGGGGUGGCGGAGUCGUUGACGGUGGACUCGAGGCGCGCCGGCGCGUGCCUGGUGGGCAAGAUGAAGCGGUUCCUGUCGCCCAAGUGCCACGCCCUCAUGCUCGACGAGGGGGAGCACCUCGGGAUCAACUCCAGGAACACCGUGCUGCUCAACGUGUACGAGAUGCUGUUGGUGUGUGCGGCCAAAACGGCCACUUCCGCUCUCCGUUUGCCUCGUGGUCCCGCUGGCAACGCCUCCUUGCUGUCGAACGGUGCUCUCGAGACGACGGCCUACGCCUACAGCCUGAUCCAGAACCGCUCCAACAGGCGCAACGGGAGUUUUGGCACCUCCAGAGGAGUGCGGUGCGUCUGCAAGAUUCACCGUUCCGAGGUGACCUGGCUUGGCCUCCACGCCUUCAGGGAGGUGUUCGGCGCCUUCGCGAUGAAGGACCGCGGGUUCGCCCGCUGCAAGCUCGACGUGGAGAGAGCCCUCAGGGAAACUGCCGGUUCUCGGGGAGGAGGCUUCGAAGGGUUCAGUAGAAAGAUUCGCAAGGGCAAGGAGGGUGCGGCCGCUGCAGGCUGCGAGGAGGGAGCGACAUCCGACACGCAGCAUGGGGUACGGCGCGGCAGGGCGUACGGCCGGCUUCGACGUGUCGUGCGCUCGCCGGACGCGCUGUCGUUGCUGCAAACGCUCACGUCGUAAGCACGCGCGUAACACUAGCCGGGCAGAACGAAUAUGUUCCAGGCAUCCCGCGG